AAUAAUAAAUCAAAUUUAAAAGAUAACAAAAACAAAAAAAAAGAAGUUAAAAAUAAUAAAAUGGAAGAUUGUCGUACACCGACUUUUGACACUGUCAGAGAGUUUAAAUUCAAUGUAACUCCUACAGCCAUGACUCCAACAGCACACACUUAUCAAGAAGUUCACAACAUCAUGGCUAGCAAACGUUGCUUUACACCGGUACAUACCAACUUUCGAUCACCCUGCUUGUCACCCAUUUAUAAGCUGCCCGGAUCCCUAUCGAGUCCCCUAACUGAACACCAUAGUUCCUCUUUUAUGGAAUUUAAAAAACCCAGCUUGUUGGCGAAACCAGUAGUCACUUAUACAGCAUCACCCAAAUAUGGCGACAAAAAAACAUUCUUAAGUCCGUGUCCAGCUUUUGGCAGUAAUUUUUCACAUUCGCCCUCCUAUUGCAAUGCCGAUGUCAGCAGUUUAAGUUCUCCAUUGGAAGAUAGCAAAAAUAGUUCGGUUCUGAAUCACACUUUAACGCUUAAAAUAUUAUUAAAAACUCUGGGCCUGGAGUGUUACUGUGAGAAUUUCGAAAGAGCAGGCAUUGAUUGCCAGAACCUUAUGGAUAUUAAAACUUCUGAUCUGCAAGGUAUAGGUAUUAAGUCUGUUGAGGAUCGUGAUUGCAUUAUGGAAAUGUUUCAAAAUGUCUUUUCAACCUGA